UCCGGUACAACCAUGUGCCAGGCGGGGGAGGAGUAUGCGGAGACCCCGGCUGAGGGGCCGCUGCCUCCGCGGCCUGGGUAAGAGCUGGGCGCCACACGCAUCCCUCGGUUGCCCGGCGUCCGCAGCCGGCGCAGAGUCCUGCCCUGAGGCCCUCGUCUGGCGCUUUGGGUGGUGAGCAGAAAUGUGUGAAGUGCAAGGAAGGCCUGCCCGUUGUGGUGAUCCGAGCAGGAGAUGCUUUCUGCAGGUGAGGCCUGGAGGGACUGUUUCAAGGCAUUCUACGUCCACAAGUUCAGAGCUGUGCUUGGGAAGAACCGGCUGAUCUUUCCAGGAGAGAAGGUGCUCCUGGCCUGGUCCGGGGGGCCUUCGUCCAGCUCCAUGGUCUGGCAGGUCCUUGAGGGCCUGAGUCGAGAUUCUGCCAAAAGGCUGCGUUUUGUGCCAGGGGUCGUCUACAUCGAUGAGGGAGCAGCCUGCGGACAGAGCCUGGAGGACAGAGCCAAAACCCUUGCUGAGAUGAAGCUAAUCCUGCAGACAGUUGGCUUUCGCUGGCACAUUGUUGCUUUAGAAGAGGUGUUCAGCCUGCCGCCAUCUGUGCUUCGCUGCUUUGCCCAGGAGCCCUUGGGGACCAAGGGGGCCUACAAGGCAGCUGUGGACAGUUUCCUCCAGCAACAGCAUGCACCAGCCCAGGGCAAGGAGGGGCUGAGCCAGCCUGGCAUCCAGGACCCCCAGAACCCAGCUGCACCACCCUCAGCUGCCCAAACGGAGGCCCAGCCACCCACAGCUGCCCAGACUGAGGCUCUGUCCAGACUGUUCAACUCAGUGAAGACGCUGACAGCCAAGGAGGAGCUGCUGCAGACCCUGCGGACCCACUUGAUUCUGCAUGUGGCCCGGACCCAUGGCUACUCCAAGGUGAUGACGGGGGACAGCUGCACCCGCCUGGCCAUCAAGCUCAUGACUAGCCUGGCACUGGGGAGAGGAGCCUUUCUGGCCUGGGACACGGGUUUCUCCGACGAGCGGCAUGGUGAUGUGGUGGUGGUGCGGCCCAUGCGUGACCACACACUGAAGGAGAUUGCUUUCUACAACCGCCUGUUUGCUGUCCCCUCUGUAUUCACGCCGGCCAUUGACACCAAGGCCCCCGAGAAGUCCAGUAUCCAUCGGCUCAUGGAAGCCUUCAUGCUCAGGCUGCAGGCCCAGUUCCCCUCCACGGUCAGCACUGUGUACAGGACGAGUGAGAAGCUGGUCAAGGCCCCCAGGGACGGCAGUGCUAGUGGUCCCCCAGGGCCCCGCUGCCUGCUCUGCAUGUGUACACUGGACAUCGACACUGCUGAUAGUGCCACGGCUUUCGGGGUCCAGACCUUACAUCUCUCCCAGAUGCAGCCCCCCACCCCACCAGCUGAAGCACCCACAAUACCCUGCUCUGCAAGAGUGGGCGGGGCCCAGGGCUGCUGCCAGGGGCCGGGGCCCUGUGGGAGGCAGGACCCCCGAGCCCAUGUCAUCGAGCAGCUUUGCUACGGGUGCCGUGUGAACAUGAAGGACGUGCCCUCCCUGGACCCCCUGCCACCCUAUAUCCUGACCGAGGCCCACCUCCGAAGCCAGAGGGCCUGGAUCCUGCAGGAGCUGCAGGAGUAUCUGAUUGAGGACAGUGACGAUGAGGCGCAGACUGGUGAGAACUGAGCCUGGGGACUGACCCUCAGGGCCUCUCACCCGGACCUCCAGUGAGCUGGAGCAGGACAGCAAGG